ACAUUGGAAGCUCGCUGUGCGACUCGAACUCACAUUGAGAAACUGUAUGUGAAGAGAGAGAGAGGGAGAAGGAAAGAGAGAGAUAGUGAGUAAAAGCGCACCAGAAAACGGGGUAGACGCACUACAUUUAUCUGAAGAUCUUUUCUGCUCGUAGGCAUCAAACUUCUGAGGAUUAUUUCUUAUCAUUUAUUUCUGCGUCUUCCUUAUGAUCAUUCUUUGAUUUUAGUGCAAUUUUUUCCUUAGAAGAUUUUUUAAAUAGUAACCAAAUAGAGUUUCUAGACUACAGUUAAAAAACUAAAUUACAAAUUUAGAACAACAUUUCCAAGUCAACUUUGACACAUUUAAACCAAAAUUACACAUUUCAAAAUUUCAUAGGAAUAGUUGAGACCGAUUUAUAAUCUAAAAUGAUAUACCAACAUUCAACCUCGGUUUGUAAUAACCAGCACUCGUUUAAUUAACAAGAAACACAAAAUUCUUGCAUUUACUUUUCAUCACUGAACUUUUUUGGUGCCACAAUUUUUUUGACUAUUUUUUCAUCUGAAAAAAAAACUUUUGCUUUUCAGAAAAGUUGUAGCAAAUCAUAUAUCACAGAGAAGGCUAAGUCACUUAAAUAGGCUACUCUUGAAAAGGCUAUCCACUGUAGUGCUCAUAGCUCCAAAGAGAUACCCGGAGGUUCACAGCCAUGCUCUUCGAGAGUUUUGACCUUGUCUCGGCGCUGGCGACGCUGGCUGCGUGUCUAGUGUCCAUGGCACUUCUCCUGGCCGUGUCCCAGCAACUCUGGCAACUGAGAUGGACCGCAACACGGGACAAGGGCUGCAAAUUGCCGCUGCCCAAGGGAUCCAUGGGGUUCCCCAUCAUUGGAGAAACAUGCCACUGGUUCUUUCAGGGUGCAGCGUUCCACGCAUCAAGGAGACAGAAGUAUGGAAACGUAUUCAAGACUCACCUGCUCGGCCGGCCACUGAUCCGGGUCACAGGGGCAGAGAAUGUGCGGAAGCUUCUGAUGGGAGAGCACAGCCUAGUCACUGUGGACUGGCCCCAAAGCACCAGCACUCUGCUUGGUCCCAACAGCCUCGCCAACUCCAUAGGAGACAUCCAUCGCAAAAGAAGAAAGAUCUUUGCUAAAGUCUUCAGUCAUGAGUCUCUGGAGAGCUACCUACCCAAGAUCCAGCAGGUCAUUCAGGAGACCCUACGGGUGUGGAGCUCCAAUCCCGAGCCCAUCAACGUGUACCGGGAAUCCCAGCGGCUCUCCUUUCAGAUGGCUGUGCGUGUCCUCCUGGGUUUCAGGGUCUCUGAGGAGGAGAUGCACUGUCUUUUUUGCACUUUUCAGGAGUUUGUGGAGAACGUUUUCAGCCUUCCCAUCGACCUGCCAUUUACUGGUUAUAGAAAGGGUAUUCGUGCAAGGGACUCACUUCAGAAAAGCAUCGAGAAAGCCAUCAGAGAGAAGCCGCUCCACACACAGGGGAAAGAUUACGCUGAUGCUCUUGAUGUGUUCCUAAAGAGUGCUAAGGAGAACAACGCAGACCUCACAAUGCAAGAGCUCAAGGAAUCCACAAUUGAGUUGAUCUUCGCUGCUUUUGCCACGACAGCCAGUGCCAGCACGUCUCUGAUCAUGCAGUUGCUGCGACACCCCGCUGUGUUGGAAAAGCUGCGCGAGGAGCUGCGGAAUUGCGGCCUCCUGCAAGACGGUCUGUGCCAGGGCGAACUGCGACCGGACACUAUCAUUAACCUCAAGUACCUGGACUGCGUGAUCAAAGAGGUCCUGCGUCUCUUUGCUCCUGUGUCUGGAGGCUACCGCAUUGCCACACAGACCUUUGAGUUGGAUGGUGUGCAAGUACCCAAAGGCUGGAGCGUCAUGUACAGCAUCCGUGACACUCAUGACACCUCAGCUGUGUUCAAGGACGUGGAGGCGUUCGACCCUGACAGAUUCAGUGCCGAGCGGAGUGAGGAUCGCGAGGGCCGGUUCCACUACCUGCCCUUUGGUGGCGGUGUACGCUCCUGUCUUGGCAAGCAGCUGGCCACUCUCUUCCUCAAACUUCUGGCUGUGGAGCUCGCCGGAGGCAGCCGCUUCGAACUGGCCACCCGGACGUUCCCCCGCUUAAUUUCCGUCCCCGUGGUGCACCCCACCGACGGCCUGCGCGUGAAAUUCUUUGGCCUCGACUCCAACCAGAACCAGAUCACGGCCAAGUCAAAUGACAUGCUGGACGCCACCGUGUGACAGAUCGAGAAGGACGAGAGGCGGCGAAGAAGGAGCAGACUUUAUAUUUUCCACUCUCUGAUGGUAAAUCGAGAGAGCUGCGACCAGAAGUUUAAUAAACGACUCUCGUUUGCCAAAAAUGUAUAGUCUAUUAUUUGUAAAGAAAAUGCAACAAAAUAUAACAAGAAUAUAUAAAUUUAAUUAAACAUAUUGCUACAUCAGGAGAAUAUGAGCGCAAGGUUUCUCACUUUUUAAAGAAAGACGUGGCCGUUUAAACGGACAGUCAUGUAAGCAUCUGCGAAUGCAGGUGUCACAGGGUAUGGCCAGUUCUGCUUUAACCAGCACAGAGCAGGUCUGGUUGGACUCUUGAAAUGGUUGAGAAGUGCGAGUUUUAAGUGCAUUCGUUGUGUGUGGCAUUUGACCGUCUGUAUUGAAUGAGUUCAUUUAUAUGUAUAUACAGUAUGCGUGCGGUUUUCUGUGUACGCCUGUGUGUAAAGACGUCACAUGUUUUUUCUUGUGCUUGUGCAAAUGUGUGUGUGUAUACCUGUUUGCGCACACGGCCAGGUUGUUACUCAGCUAAGGUAUUAGCAGUAGAGUAAGCAGUGUAAAGUAGAAUGAAUGGGAGGAUUGUAUAAUUACUCAGGUGUGUUAGCAGUACAGAAGAAGCUUUCAGACUAACCCAUUACUUGUUAUAUGUGCUCUGUACAUAAGUGACAAUUCAUAAUAUUCUUUUUAGGAGAGUGAGAAGAGGUGAGAGAUGAAGAGGAGAAAAGAUUAUGAGAGAAGAUAAACCUGUGCUUUAUUACAGUGAUGUCACACGACAAUCCCUGUCUUCGUCACUUUGUAUGUGCUACAUUCAGGCUCUCUAAGCUAUAGAUGGAAUAUGGGACUCAUUCCAAGCUGCAAAUGAUAUAUCUAAAGA